AUGGGUGUGAAAUUUGUACGCCUACGGGAUGAUCUCCUGAAAACAGAUCUGAAAUGGAAUCUAGCGCUACGUGAAGGGUGGAAGGGAACCAGAGGCGGUCAAACAAUGACUUGGCAGCGAAGUGGGAGGGCCAUUACCAGCAAACUCAGCUGCGUUGAUCAUUGCCGUAUUCCUGGAUGGGAACCCUGA